AGGUAAUAUAUUGAAAUAUUGGAAAACUAUCGCCACGUGACGUAAUGGAAAACCAACAUGGCUCGUCCAAACGUGUCCAAGCCCAAACUCCAUCCCAAAUCUACUCGGCCCAUUCCUACAUCCCUCUCUCUCCUCCAUACCACACUCUGACUCAUCCAUCAUUUCCUACACUUUCUCUCUCCUUCCACCACCAUGACAACCACCGUCUUCCGCCGCACCAUCACCACCAACCUCCGCAAUUUUCUCUCUCCUCCCUUACACCACCACCAUCUCUCCACAACCCCACCACCACCCCCAACACAACCCCACUUCCCCAAAUCCCAAACCCCCUCAGAAAAACAAUUCCAAACAUGGGUCAACUUCCUCAAACCCGGGUUCACCCCUUCGGACGUAAACCACGCCUUAAACUCCCAAUCGGACCCCGAUUUAGCCUUCGACAUCUUCCGUUGGACCUCCCACCAACGCGGCUACACCCACGACUCCUCCACUUACCUCACUAUGAUCCACCUCGCCGUCGCCGGCCGCCGCCACGGCCACGCCGAAGCCCUCCUCGAGGAAGUUCUCGCCGGUGCUUGCCCUGUUAGUUUACCCCUUUACAAUUCCUUGAUUCGUUUCUGUUGUUCUCAUCGUUGCUUGUUUAAUCGUGCUUUUGAUGUUUAUAAGAAGAUGAUGAAGGCUGAUAGUAUUGAUUGUAAACCGAAUUUGGAGACUUAUGCUAUGUUGUUUAAUGUUUUGCUUAAGAAGUUUAAUAAGUUGAAUGUUAGUUAUGUUUAUUUGAAUGCUGUGAGGUCUUUGAGUAAGCAGAUGAAGGCGCUUGGUGUGGUGCCGGAUACCUAUGUGUUGAAUAUGAUCAUCAAGGCCUAUGCUAAGUGUUUGCAGGUUGACGAGGCGGUACGAGUGUUUCGUGAGAUGGGGUUGUAUGGGUGUGAGCCCAAUGCGUUUAGUUAUGGUUAUUUGUUUAAGGGGUGUUGUGAGAAGGGGAGGGUGUGGCAGGGGUUUGGGUUUUUUAAGGAGAUGAGGGAGAAAGGGUUGGUGCCCUCGAGUGGGGCGUAUAUGGUGUUAGUGUGUAGUUUGGCAUUGGAGAGGAAGUUUGAGGACGCGGUUGAGGUUUUGCGUGAUAUGUUGGAGAAUUCUUUGAAACCGGAUUUGUUGACAUAUAGGACAUUGUUGGAGGAGAUGUGUAGGGAUGGGAAGGGUAUUGAGGCUUUAGAGCUUCUUGAGGAGUUUAGGAAGAAGGAUGUUGCAAUGGGGGAGAGGACUUAUAAUGAGUUGGUGGAUUCCUUGCAUUUUGUGGAUCGGUAGUAGGGGAUGUUGUUUGUGCUUGGUUCUUGUGGUCUGUAUUGUGCUAAUCAAUUAAGGAUUAGCAUGUUAUUAAUGGAAUUUGUCACAUAAUAUCGGAUCAUUUGGGUGUCAUGUCAGGACAAUGGAAACAAUUCUAUGAUUUUCCAUAUGCAAAGUUUGGAGUUGUAUAAGGUGCUAUGAUGGUCUGGAAUGUUGAACCUUAAAUCCAAUUACGUGAGCAAACUGUUUCCGGCUUCCUGCCUUCUUUUAGCUGAGAAAUUGGACUCACAAAGGAAGCUUUUGGAGCCUUCUUUAUGGUUACAGAAUGUGAGAAAUCACAGGUCACAGAAAUUGCCUGCAAGCUUUGUAGGUGCAAAUGGAAGUCUCUCUUGGUUAUGUUAUCAUUGUUAUGUUGGUAUCUUGGAAUUAGUUUAUAGCUGUCUAAGUGACCUACUCAUCACAGUCUUCAGUUGUCCAUGGGACUUGAAUCUUAUAAUUGUUAUACAGACAUGGCACUCUAGAGUAAGCUCUCGAUGUAUAGAAAAGAUAGUUACUUCUAGCUAUGCUUCGAUCUUCAAAGUUUUCGUAUGUUGUAAAUAGCAUCUUCUGUAAGUUUUCUUUACUGUUAUGAACCUUAAUGUGUACUAUCGGGAUUAUUUUCAUAUAAUCAUCAUCACCAAAAGUGAUUUUCUUAAAUUAAUUUUGAACACAUUAUCAUUGUUCUGGUUUGAUUUUAUUAAAGCAUUUAUUGAUAUCCAAGUGAUUUUUAUUUGUAUCCUUUAUUGUUUUGAUUAAAAAUUGGCAAGUACUUCAUUUGUGAUGCAGUAGAUAAUUUACUAAACAGAAGUAUCUAUAACCAGAAGCAUGUAAAUUUGAACCGGACUAGUAAAAAUUCAUGCAGAAAUGUGUAAACAGACAGUACUACAAUGUUUGGUUGUCUGAAAUGUUACUAUUCUUAAGUGUGCAACUCAACUCCAAUCUGAAGGGUAGCAUAAACAGGGACUGCAAGAUAAUUGAAAUCCAAGUUGUCUCAUUGUUCUUGCCAACCAGUGUAGAAGGCAGGUGCGAUGAUAAUCUCACCCCAGCAACACUGCUGACAAAAAGUGAACGCCACCAAGAGGUAUGUCCCCUUCUUCGUGCAAGGCCUGCAUGUUUUAAAAUCCUUCCAUACUUCAUAUAAGUAGAUCUUAAGUUUCUGUUUCUUAGCAAAUUCAUCCCAGCAAUCUGCAACUUUCGAGCUUACAAAUGUUUUCUAAAGAAUCUUAAAGUUGUUUCAUUAUCCCCAUUGUGAAGAGGGCUUCCUAAUGUUUAGUUUUCUUACCUUUCCCAAAAAAAAAAAAAAAAAAAAAAAAA